AUGACGCUUAUUCAUAUUGUGAUGAUUACCUUCAAACCUGAAGUAACCGACGAGCAGAAGGAGCAAUUCAAACGCGACCUCAGAGAAGCUGCCAAAACAUUUCCGUCCGUUAUCGAUGGUCGCCUAAUCGCGGGCGGUCCAUCUGUGGCGCAACCCUAUGCAAUGAGCAGCACAUCAUUCGACAUUGCGUCGGUGAGCUAUCACACUGGAAAGGAGGCAUUGAACGCCUACUAUGCGAGCGAUGAAUACGAACAACUCACAUCCAAAUACAUCUAUCCUCUUGCCAGCGAUGUGAUACGCUUCGACUUUGAGGUCGAUUCUCAAGACGAGCAUCUCUGCGUGAUUCCUCGCUGA